AUGCCAAGCCAGCAGAAGAAGAUCAUCUUUUGCAUGGCUGGCGUAUUGAGCUUUCUCUGUGCUCUUGGAGUGGUGACGGCAGUGGGGACCCCACUGUGGGUUAAAGCCACUAUCCUGUGCAAAACCGGAGCUCUGCUCGUCAACGCGUCAGGGAAGGAGCUGGACAAGUUUACGGGCGAGAUGCAGUAUGGCCUUUUCCACGGAGAAGGCGUAAGGCAAUGCGGGUUAGGAGCAAGGCCUUUCCGGUUCUCGUUCUUCCCAGAUUUGGUCCAAGCCAUCCCCGUAAGCAUCCACGUCAAUAUUAUUCUCUUCUCCAUGAUUCUUGUCAUCUUAACCAUGGUGGGGACGGCCUUCUUCAUGUACAAUGCUUUCGGCAAGCCCUUUGAGACUCUGCAUGGACCACUGGGGCUCUAUCUGGUCAGCUUCAUUUCAGGCUCCUGCGGCUGUCUUGUUAUGAUAUUGUUUGCCUCUGAAGUGAAAAUCCACCGCCUUUCAGAGAAAAUUGCAAAUUUUAAAGAAGGAACCUAUGCCUACAGAACGCAAAACGAAAACUAUACCACCUCCUUCUGGGUUGUUUUCAUUUGCUUUUUUGUUCAUUUCCUGAAUGGGCUCCUGAUACGACUUGCUGGAUUUCAGUUCCCUUUCACAAAAUCUAAAGAAACAGAGACCACUAAUGUAGCUUCAGAUUUAAUGUACUAA